GCUCGCUGCUGUCGGGGGUCGGGGCUGCUGGGCCGCGGCACGGCCACCUUGUGCCCCCCCGCUCCGGCCCGGGCCUACUCGGGCUGCGGCCGGUUGCUCGGGACGGGCCCGGCUCAGCCAGCGGUGCCGCCGCCCGCCCCGUGGCAGCUCGCAGGGACGGUUGCGGUGGGGGCAAAAAGCUCGCUUUUCCAGGAAAAAAAAAAAAGUCAAAUGCCGCACUGGGGCUGUAGCUGAGCGCGGCGUAGGCAGCGGCGUUGCUCCCGGCGCUUCUCGGGGACCCCGCAGCGUGACCACGUCCGCGCUUUCCCAGUGCCUGGUUGUCCAGGGUUGAACCGUCCUUGGGGAGCUGCAGUCAAACCGCGCUUCCUUUCCCGGAGAGGCUGUUGCCUAUCGAUCGCCCGCCUGUCCGCGCCCGCGGCACCGCCGGCGCAAGGUGCCCGCCGCUUGCUGCGCGUUUGUAGUCGCCGUGCUGGGAAAUCUCCGCCUUCGGGAGCGAAGCACCCGCCAGCUCCGACAGCGGCUUCCAGGAGGCUCUGCUGGCGCGGGAGGCGGCGGGCAGGGCGAGCGGGAAGCCGGGCUGUGGAGUGACUGGGCUUAGCGCAUGUGUUUCAGGUGGGCACCUCGUACGUGGGGUGUCACCACCCCACAAAUAAACUAACGUCACUUACGGUAGCAACCCCCAAUUAUUCGUAAGUACCAGUCCCUCUGUUGUUGUCUGCUGGGCUCGCCUCCAUCUCAAGGUGCGUUUUGUGUUACAUCUAAUGUUCGUGUUUACAGUUUAUUGAAAAUAAGAUGUUAAAGGGUCAUAACGUGGGUGAUGCUCUUGACGCACAAAGCAUAUGUGGUCCUUCCACAGUGUAGCUGCGUGACUGGCGUGUAUUUUAGCGUCGGAAGAAUUCCUCAUGGGUUUUAGCCACACCUAGGCAAACACCUUUGCAGAUGCUUUUGCCUGCUGGAGUUUCAAUAGCAUGUUUUGGAGUGCUGUGAAAAAGAGAAGAAACCAAGCGAUAGUUUUUCGAAGCUGCUGCGUUCCGGAAAAGCGUGGCUCGUGGUUCCACAGGCUGCUGUCGCACCUUGGUUGUUCAAAGCCACUUCCUUGAGGGUGGUCGGCGUUUGAUACCGAGAGCUGUGGGGCUCCUCCUGAGAGGCGGUUACCUGGAGCAGGGGAUGCGUCUUUGGGGCUGGUCAUCGCGCAGCAGCACUCGAUUAGGUCGCGGUUAUUUGAAUGACUCUGAUGUUACAAUAUUUCUGAACUGUGGGCGUCCCUGAAGCCAAAUUUGUAACCGGUCACAUUAAAGGAAUUGGCACUGAAGUGGUGCAGAUCUAUCCCUGACACUAGCGGGAAGAGAAUGGCAGCAAGUUGCAUUUUCUGAAGAAAAUGCUCUGAAGGUGAACUGGAUGGUACCUGCCAGAACUGAAUCUGUCAGAAAAAAAAUCUUCCUUCACCCAAAGGUCUGUUUGUCAUCAAAAGGGAACCUCUACAACGGCUGAACUCUGCAAGCAAUGGGCUCGGAGAACAGUGCUUUAAAGAGCUAUGCACUGGAAGAGCCGCCGUUCACACUGCCAACUGGACACACGAUUUAUCCAGCUGUGCUACAAGAUGGCAGACUUGCUUCAGUCUUUGUGUACAAGCGAGAGAAUGAAGAUAAGGUUAAUAAAGCUGCCAAGCACCUGAAAACCUUGCGCCACCCUUGCCUUCUGCGCUUCCUCUCUUGUACUGUGGAAGCAAAUGGGAUCCACCUGGUUACAGAACGUGUGAAGCCUUUGGAGGCGGUCCUGGAGUCACUCUCUUCUGCGGAAAUCUGCGCAGGGAUCUAUGACGUAUUGCUGGCACUCAUCUUCCUCCAUGACAGGGGAAACCUAACGCAUAACAAUGUCUGUUUAUCAUCUGUGUUUGUAAGUGAGGAUGGGCACUGGAAACUGGGAGGAAUGGAAACAGUCUGUAACUUCAAUGAAGCCACCCCAGAGUUCCUCUGUCAUGUCAAGUCGGUACGAGACCAGUCGUGCAUCCCUUGCGAGGAGCUGUCUGCAGAUUUCAAAAUUCUGCCCAACAGCUAUGGGCACGCGAGGGAUGCCUACGCAUUUGGAACAAUGGCUGAAAAUCUCCUGACAGUCCUAAAAGAUCAGGUUUCAGCAGAUAUUCUCUCCAGCUUUCAGCAAACCUUGCACUGUACGCUGCUGAAUCCAGAUCCAAAGUGUCGUCCGCCACUGUCCAGCUUAUUGUGUCACGAGUUCUUCAGGAAUGAUUUUCUGGAAGUUGUGAAUUUUCUGAAGACCUUAACACUAAAGUCUGAGGAGGAAAAAACUGAAUUUUUCAAAUUCCUGCUGGACAGGGUGGCCGGCUUGUCAGAGGAGCUGAUAGCAUCACGGCUGGUGCCUCUUCUACUCAAUCAGCUUGUGUUUGCAGAACCUGUAGCUGUCAAGAGUUUUCUUCCUCAUCUGCUGGGUCCAAAGAAAGAGCAAACUGGAGAAAGCCAGACCAGCUGCCUCCUGUCACCAGCCUUGUUCCAGACACACGUCAUCCCCGUGCUGCUGAAGCUAUUUGAGGUUCACGAGGAGCACGUUCGAAUGGUGUUGCUGUCUCACAUUCAUGCCUACGCAGAGCUGUUCUCUCGGGAGGAGUUGAAAAACAUCAUAUUGCCGCAGGUAUUGCUGGGCCUUCGAGAUACCAGUGACUCUAUUGUUGCAAUAACACUGCACAGCUUGGCAGUUCUCGUCUCCCUGCUUGGACCCGAAGUAGUUGUAGGUGGAGAAAGAACGAAGAUUUUCAAAAGCUCCGCACCAAGUUUCAUGAAAACUGCUGAUCUCUCCCCAGAAGACUCCCCCAGUCAUGCUGUAAGCAGUCAGAGAAAUCAAACCUCUCGGCCUUUGAAGAACAAUUCUAGUGUGUUUCCCAUCGCUGGAAAUGUACCUGUCAAGAACCUUUCUGUGCGACAAGACAAUCCACUGGCUUUAAAGACAGGUGAGCAAGACACUCAGUCCCCACCAAACGGAAUUCCUGGAAGCAUUAAUAUGCCAGGGAACAGCAGGAGCUCUCUGACUACCUCUGAAAAGCCAGCAGAGGAGUGGCCAGACUGGAGUGAGCCAGAGGAGACAGACACUGAGAAAACUGUGAACAUUCAAAUUCAGCCCCGAGUGCCACAGGACAGCAUGGGACCUUACUUUGCUGAGCAUGAUGUAGAUGAGAAGCCUUGGGAUGACUUUGAGCCCAGCAGCCCUAGUCCUGAACUGCCCUCAGGAAACUGCCUCACUGUGACACAAGCUGAUGCAGUUGAAAUGCCAAGGCCUCUGCCAGGUGCCCAUCAACUGAGCAAAGAAUUCAAAAGCCUCAGAUCGAGCCCCCCCACAAAGUCCUGUCAUGGGAACAGCUGGAGCAAGGACAAGUGGGACCAUCAGGAACAACUGGGAGAAACUGUGCUGCCAAAAAUGAUGUUUCAGGAAAGGUUGAAGUCUUCAUCAGAGUCUGGCCUAGGAGACGAAUUCACGAUAAAAGUGAAGAGGAAACCUGUGCAAGACCCUGAGCUGGACUGGUUUGCUGACAUGAUCCCAGACAUUAAACCUUCUUCUGCUAUCUUGAUUUUACCUGAAGCGAGGACAGAUGCAGUUGUUCCCAGUCAUGCUGGUGUAGUGUCCAGCAGAGAUGGUGCCUCCCAGAAUGUGCUGUUUUCAUCCAAAUUUGCAGCAGCUGAUGUUGUUGAGGCUGAACCUGCAGGCUGGGGUGAAGAAGAGGAGUUGAACUGGGAAGAUGAUACUAACUGGUAAUGGGACUGAAAGAGACAAAGGCAAUUUAUGGUGUGUUGGAUUCUGUAAGAGAAGUUGCUGCUUCCCCAAUACAGUGGAUAAGUACCUCAGCACUGCUUUUGCCCAAAGGCAGGCACUUGCUGCAGCAGCCAGCAAGAUCCUAUGGGGCCUGAUCUCUUGCAAAGGAUACUCCUUUCCAGUCUGUGCCAAAAACUGCAGGGGUGAGGCCUGCAUGCUCAAGCAAUAUGCCCAGCUGUGGUGCAUGCUGCUGCUACCAGAAAGAGGAACAGCCUGAUGGGUGUGUUGGUGCUGACAUGCCACUGGAGGCCAAGAGGGGUGUAAGCAAUUGUUCUAGAACUCAUCCCUGCUCUGAAAAACUGAUGAAAAUAAAUGAAAGUCACACUGAGUUCCUUGGUUAAUGUGCCUUUUUUUCCCUUUUUUUUUUUUUUGAAAACAACUCUGUAGAAAGGGCUUCUUCAGCUAAGAAGUUAAAAGACAGAUGACUUGAAGAUGAAUGUAGUUUAUUCAACUUAUUUAUUUCUGUUUAUAUAGUUCUGUCAGUAGAUGGCACGAAAGGUGCUACAAACUGUGCAGUGAAGGACCACUGAACACAAACUGCUUAAGCACCACAUUGUUUCUGCUGUUAACUGCCAAUAAAAGAUUAUUUUUAAAAGA